AUGUUUUCCACCAUUGCCAAUGCAGUUAUUGGUUUUCGGGCAACAGAGAUCUACCCAUUUAACCCUGCAGCUGUCCCGAAAGAGGCAUUUGCACCUUCAAAGGCAUGGGAGUUGGCAGAUGAAGAAGCAGACGUAGAAGCAGAGGUAGAAGCAGAGGCAGAAGCAGAGGCAGAAGCAGAGGCAGGAACAGAGGCAGGAAUGGAGAAAGAAACAGAUACAUACAUCACAGGCAUCGACGAGCCGUCAGCCAAACCUAACACCAGCGAGUACUUCACAGGCAUCGACGAGCCGUCAGCCAAACCCAACACCAGCGAGUACUUCACGGGCAUCGACGAGCCGCCAGCCAAACCCAACACCAGCGAGUACUUCACGGGCAUCGACGAGCCGUCAGCCAAACCCAACACCAGCGACGAGUACUUCACGGGCAUCGACGAGCCGUCAGCCAAACCCAAUACCAGCGAGUACUUCACGGGCAUCGACGAGCCGUCAGCCAAACCCAACACCAGCGAGUACUUCACGGGCAUCGACGAGCCGUCAGCCAAACCCAACACCAGCGAGUACUUCACGGGCAUCGACAAGCCGUCAGCCAAACCCAACACCAGCGAGUACUUCACGGGCAUCGACGAGAUCUCAGCCAAAUCCAACACCAGCGAGUACUUGACGGGCAUUGACGAGCCCUCAGCCAAAAAGAGAACGGGAAACAAAAGCAGCUGA